AUGUUCCUUGCUGGUCGAGGUUGGGCGCGACAAGUGGUGGCUCGUACAGGGAACCUCUCUAAUGGACUCAGAACUUUCUGCAGUCAGGGCAGCGUGCUGGUAAAUUCCCAAGUGCAAAUCCAAGUGGAGGAGAAAGAAGAAGACACAGAGGAAAGCUCAAGUGAAGAAGAAGAUAAACUACCUAGAAGAGAAAGCUUGAGACCAAAGAGGAAACGGACCAGAGACAUCAUCAAUGAGGAUGAUCCAGAACCAGAGCCAGAGGAUGAAGAAACAAGGAAGGCAAGAGAAAAAGAAAGGCGGAGGAGGCUGAGGAGAGGAGCGGAAGAAGAAGAAGAAAUUGAUGAAGAGGAAUUAGAACGACUGAAGGCAGAGCUAGAUGAGAAUAGACAAAUGAUUGCUACUGUCAAGUGCAAACCUUGGAAAAUGGAGAAGAAAAUUGAAGUUCUCAAGGAAGCAAAGAAAUUUGUGAGUGAAAAUGAAGGGGCUCUUGGGAAAGGAAAAGGAAAGAAGUGGUUUGCAUUUAAGAUGAUGAUGGCUAAGAAAUGGGCAAAAUUCCUUCGCGACUUUGAGAACUUCAAAGCUGCUUGUGUCCCGUGGGAAAACAAAAUCAAGGCAAUUGAAAGUCAGUUUGGCUCAUCGGUGGCCUCAUACUUCUUGUUCCUGAGGUGGAUGUAUGGCGUUAACAUGGUUCUCUUCAUCCUGACCUUCAGCCUCAUCAUGUUACCAGAGUACCUCUGGGGAUUACCAUAUGGCAGCUUACCUAGGAAAACGGUCCCAAGAGCUGAAGAGGCAUCUGCAGCCAACUUUGGCGUAUUGUACGACUUCAACGGCCUUGCACAGUACUCUGUCCUUUUUUAUGGCUACUACGACAAUAAACGCACUAUUGGAUGGCUGAAUUUCCGGUUACCUCUCUCCUACUUCCUGGUGGGGAUUAUGUGCAUUGGAUACAGCUUUCUGGUUGUACUCAAAGCGAUGACCAAAAAUAUUGGUGACGAUGGGGGUGGCGAUGACAAUACUUUUAACUUCAGCUGGAAGGUAUUCUGCAGUUGGGACUAUCUGAUUGGUAACCCCGAAACAGCUGACAACAAAUUUAAUUCUAUCACAAUGAAUUUUAAGGAAGCGAUCAUAGAAGAAAGAGCCGCCCAGGUGGAGGAGAAUGUCCACCUCAUCAGAUUCCUGAGGUUUCUUGCUAACUUCUUCGUGUUCCUAACACUUGGUGCAAGUGGAUACCUCAUCUUUUGGGCUGUGAAGCGAUCCCAAGAAUUUGCACAGCAAGAUCCUGACACCCUUGGGUGGUGGGAAAAAAAUGAAAUGAACAUGGUUAUGUCCCUCCUGGGGAUGUUCUGUCCCACACUAUUUGACUUAUUUGCUGAACUGGAAGAUUACCACCCUCUCAUUGCUCUGAAGUGGCUCCUGGGGCGCAUUUUUGCUCUUCUUCUAGGCAACUUGUAUGUAUUUAUUCUUGCCUUGAUGGAUGAGAUUAACAACAAGAUUGAAGAGGAGAAGCACGUGAAGGCCAAUAUUACUCUGUGGGAAGCCAACAUGAUUAAGGCUUACAAUGAAUCCCUCUCCGGGAACACCACAGGACCACCCUUUUUUGUUCACCCUGCAGAUGUACCCCGGGGACCCUGCUGGGAAACAAUGGUGGGACAGGAGUUUGUGCGACUCACCGUUUCCGAUGUUCUGACCACUUAUGUCACAAUCCUCAUUGGUGACUUCCUCAGAGCGUGCUUUGUGAGGUUUUGCAAUUACUGCUGGUGCUGGGAUUUGGAAUAUGGAUAUCCUUCAUACACAGAAUUUGAUAUCAGUGGCAACGUCCUCGCUCUGAUCUUCAACCAAGGCAUGAUCUGGAUGGGCUCCUUCUUUGCCCCUAGCCUUCCAGGCAUCAACAUCCUCCGGCUCCACACAUCCAUGUAUUUCCAGUGCUGGGCUGUGAUGUGCUGCAAUGUUCCUGAGGCCAGAGUCUUUAAAGCUUCCAGAUCCAACAACUUCUACCUUGGCAUGCUGCUGCUCAUCCUCUUCUUGUCCACCAUGCCUGUCCUGUACAUGAUCGUCUCUCUCCCGCCAUCUUUUGAUUGUGGACCCUUCAGUGGUAAAAACAGGAUGUUUGAAGUCAUUGGUGAGACCCUGGAACAUGAUUUCCCAAGCUGGAUGGCGAAGAUCCUGAGGCAGCUUUCUAACCCCGGCCUGGUCAUUGCUGUUGUUCUGGUGAUGGCUUUAACCAUCUAUUAUCUCAAUGCUACUGCCAAGGGCCAGAAAGCAGCGAAUCUGGAUCUAAAGAAGAAGAUGAAAAUGCAAGCUUUGGAGAACAAACUGCGAAACAAGAAAAUGGCAGCUGCUCGAGCAGCUGCAGCUGCUGGUGGGCAGUAAUUUUAUCAAAUAUUCUGGGGGGCUCAGAAGGGCUCUUCACUUCCGUUUUUGAAUGUAGAGAGAGCUACGACGGGACGGGCCAGUGAACUAGCAUUGGUGAACCACUGCAUUGUGUUUUACCGCUGAUUGGUCAUCAAGGUCAAGGUCACAGCCAUCUAUCAAGGGAUCAUCAGCUCUCCUGGAGCAAGAAGAAUCUCAUCACAUCCUGUAUUUGUCUGGGUUAUGAUGCCUUCUCUCUUUCUUCCCCCAUAUGGCCUCAAACAAAUCAUUUUUAAAUGGGUGUGUGAUCUAGUGAUAAAAAUU